AUGGUGCUGGUGCUGGUGCUGUGGGUGUGCCUGGCACUGGGCACCACCAGCGGGGAGAGCCCAGCACCUGAGCCCCUGUCAGGCGGCCAGCCCUUUGCCGUGGUGUGGAACGUCCCCACUGGGCGCUGCCAGUGCCGCUUCGGUGUGGCGCUGCCUCUCAGUGACUAUGGCAUCGUGGAGAACCAGGACGGCUGCUUCAUGGGCCAGAACAUCACCAUCUUCUACAAGAACAAGUUUGGGCUGUACCCCUACCUGUCACGGCAGGGUGUCCCCCACAAUGGGGGCAUCCCCCAGCGUGUCCCCCUUGGCUCCCACUUCGCCAGGGUGGCUGAGGACAUCCGCCUCCUCCUGCGCCCUGCUUUCCAUGGCUUGGCCGUGGUGGACUGGGAGGAGUGGAGGCCCCUCUGGGCCCAAAAUUGGGGGACCAAAAAGAUAUACCGGGCAGCCUCGAAGCAGUGGGUGCAGGACCGGCAUGGCACCCUGCCGGCACGGCGGCUGCUCCGGCUGGCCCAGCAGGAGUUUGAGCAGGCGGCACAGGCUCUGAUGGAAGAGACGCUUCUGCUGGGCCAGACCCUGCGCCCAAGAGGGCUUUGGGGUUUCUACCGCUUCCCUGACUGCCUCAAUGGAAACUGGGCCAAGGUGGCCAACUACACCGGGCAGUGCCAGCCGGCAGAGGUGCAGCGCAACAACCGGCUGGGCUGGCUCUGGGCUGCCUCUUCGGCCCUCUACCCCAGCAUCUACCUGCCACCGGCACUGCCACCUGCCCUGCGCCACCGCUACGUCCACCACCGGCUGCGUGAGGCCCUGCGCGUGGCCGCCUUCGGGGCCCACGGCCUCCUGCCCGUGAUCGCCUAUUCCCGCCUCUCCUUCCGCCGCUCACCCCAGUUCCUGGAGCUGGCUGACCUGGUGCACACCAUUGGGGAGAGUGCAGCGCUGGGAGCAGCUGGACUUGUGCUCUGGGGAGACAUGUCCUAUUCCCGCUCAGCUGAGAGCUGUGCCAGCCUGCGCCACUACCUCGUGUCCACCCUGGGCCCCUACGUGGCCAAUGUGACGGCGGCAGCCCGAGAGUGCAGCUACAGGCAGUGCCACGGACACGGGCGCUGCAUGCGCCGGCAGCCCCAUGACCUGGGCAGCCUCCUGCACCUCGGACCCAGUGCCAGCCCGCCGGCUGCCUUCCGCUGCCACUGCUACCGUGGCUGGGCAGGUGAACGCUGUGCGCAGCGGGUUCGGCCUGGCCCUGCCACCUCCUGCCUGGUGCCCACCCACACUCACAGCCUUUAUGGGCAUAAGGACCUCCUGCCCUCCAAUACCUGCCCACCACAGGGCACGUGGGGCUGGUGACCCGGGCUGGGGACCACCACGGUCCCCUACCCUGGCAGCACUGCUGCUGGCACUUCUUAACGGUCUCAUUAACUUAAAUAAAUCCUCCUGGCAGA